CUCCAGGGAUCAGUCAUUAAAGUUGUUGACAGUCGUAAAGAAUGGCGAUACCUGACAGGUGGCGUAAAUAUCUUGUGAUAGUGGGUGGGGUGCUGGUGCAUCUCACUCUCGGAACAGUUUAUACGUUCGGCAACCUGAACCCAUACCUGACCUCGUACAUCCGGAAGUACAGCAGCCCCAGUAACCUGCAGUAUGGGGAAAGUGUGUGGAUCUUCUCCAUGUCAGGAAUGGGUCAGGGACUGUCCAUGUUCCUUGGGGGCGUCAUCAACCGAUAUAUCGGCCCCCGACUCACCACGCUUCUGGGAUCAAUGCUCAUGAGUGCCGGAGUCCAGUUGACGUACUUGUCAGUCCAGCACUCCUUCGUUGCCGUUGUUUUCACGUACGGACUGAUGUUUGGACUGGGUGUCGCUAUAGCUUAUGCAGUGCCCAUGGCCUGUGCAAUGAAG